GUCACAUGAGCAGAUACGCAGAAGGAGAAGAAGUGUGAGGGGCGCGUUAGCAGAGCCAGCGCUAAUAAUGAAGAAAUAACAUAACGUGCGCGGAAUAAGCAGAGCGAUCACGCCGCAUCGUGGAAGAUAUCGCGCUUCUGCAGUGGCGUUUGGACCGCAGGCUGAGAACUAAGACGGAAUCAUGGCAAACGACGAGACGCUGCGCUCGCUGAUGUUCACGCUCAGUUACGUGCUGAUGAAGCGGCGGCGUGACGUCACCAGCGCAGACGCGCAGCGCAGACGCGAGGUUGAGCGUCGCGUCGCGCACAGACGGUAUUUCCAACAGAGACACAAGAGGAUGAUCAUGAUGAUGAUCGCUCAGACGUCUCGUCCGGUCAGCGGUCCACCGGCGCGCCCCACACGGGUCUGGAGCAGCAUCGAGAGCACCGAUUGGUGGGAGCGUGUGGUCAUGCGGGAGUUCCAGCCCUCUGAUUGGCUGGAGAAGUUCCGCAUGACUAAAGAGACGUUCUUCCUGCUGUGUGGGAAGCUGAAGCCGCGUCUGAGCCGUCAGGACACUCGUCUGCGUCCGGCGCUGCCGCUGGAGAAGCGUGUGGCCGUGGCUCUGUGGCGUCUGGCCUCUAACGUGGAGUACCGCACCAUCAGCGCUCUGUUCGGCGUGGGACGCUCCACCGUCUGCAAGUGUGUGAGAGACGUGUGUCACGCCAUCGUGCUGCUGCUGCGACCGCUGUACCUGCGACCCCCGAGCGAGCAGGAGCUGGAGGACGCCGCCAGACUCUUCUCCACCCGCUGGGGCUUCCCUCACUGCGUGGGAGCGGUCGGCAGCCUCCACGUGCCCAUCAUCGCACCGUCCAGCAACACCAACAGCUACUGGAACAGCCGCGGCUGGCUGUCGGUGGUCACGCAGGGCGCGGUGAACGGUCUGGGGCAGUUCUGGGACGUGUGCGCUGGGUUCCCGGGCAGCACCGAGCACUCGGCCAUCCUGCAGAACUCCACGCUGUGGGCGCGCGGCUGCGACGGCUUCCUGCUGCACGAGCCACCGCUGGACUUCAUGGGCCGGCCGCUGGGCUUCCUGAUGCUGGGAGACGCCGGAUACCCGCUGAAGAGCUGGCUGCUGAAGAGCUUCCCCGAGUCCAGCGAGCUCACAGAGAGUCAGAGAGUGUUUAACCGGCGUCUGGAGCGGGCGCGCGGCGUGGUGGACGAGGCCUUCCUGCGGCUCCGAGCGCGCUGGCAGUGUCUGCUGAAGAGGAACGACUGCCGCAUGGACGUGGUGCCCACCAUGAUCCUGGCCUGCUGCGUGCUGCACAACGUGUGCGAGGUGCACGGAGACGAGUUCAUCGAGCGCUGGGAGGAGGCCGUGAGGACCGAGGAGAGUCCACAGCCCGCAGACGAGGUGUCGCCCGCCACAGAUGACUGCGACGGAGAGGAAGUCCGAGCUCUGUUCUGUCAGUACUUCCUGCAGCAGGAGACGCAGCAGCGGACGCUUGGUGUCUGACCGGGAUGUGCUGCCACGCUCUGGCUGUUCUUCUCCUCUGUUUUGUGCUGUGUGUUUUCCAGAACUUGAUCUGAUCUGUUCACUUCAGACACAUCUGAAUGCAGAACAUCACAGUGAGAGUAACGAACUGUAAAGAAAGACACCGGGACAGAAGUUUGUUGGCUCAGAUCUGCUGUGGGUUAGUUAGUGUAGUGAUUGCUGGAGUCUCUUUAAUAAAUCAUACCUGAUUCAGAUCAUCAGCUCACUAGCAGACAGUAGGCUUAUUCCAGACGCAAAGCACAGUGAGAGCGAUUGGAGAGCAGACGACUCUUUAUGCUUUUGAAUGGCUCUUGCGGUGCUUUGAUGUCACACCCCUGAUGUGUCUUGAUCAAGACUACGCCAGACUCUCCAGGGACGGUUGGGGACCGGUGAGUUCGUGGAUGCUGUUAAUUAAUAUCGUUCUCUACACCUGUGUGAAACUGAACUGAUUUAUACAUCAGCAGCUGAAUCAAUCACACUGAGACUCAAGUAUCCUGAAGAGAAGAGAAAAGAUCCUGAAGAUACAGAUGUUUUUCAUCAUAAAGACUGUACACCUCUGUACUGUGUCUUCAUUCACUGGCCUUCUUUUAGAUCAUUAAACAUAAACAGUAAUGUUGCCUCUCAUUAGGAUCCUAUUCUUCCUGAUGUUUGUAUUGAACCAAGUGUCAUGUUUUUGUUCAAUAAAAGUCACUGGUGUCCUUUGCUGUA